UCCCUCUUUAUCGCCGCCAUUUCACCAGACGAAGGACUCAGUGGCUGGACAUUCAUUUCCAGAGAGAAACAUCACCUCACCGAUACAGCAACACGCCCGAGCAUUGUUUUUACAACUUUAAAUUCGUGUUUAUCUUUAUCUAGACCUAGUCUGUUGGUUUAGAGCAGCUUAAUCUGAAAGAGGAGGAAAACAGCAAACAUCUGAAGGCAAAAUGUCGACUGAGGCUUCGCCAGAGAAACCAGGCCAAGGAAAUUCAGUGAAUGGCAAGUCCAACCAUGAGUCGAGAAAGGAGAGGCCCCAAAAGCGUGGCGGCGGGGGACGAUUUGAACCUUACGGAAACCCCAACAAGAGAUACCGUGUGUUUGUCAGCAACAUUCCCUAUGAUGUUAAAUGGCAAACGCUGAAAGAUCUCAUGAAGGAAAAAGUGGGUGAGGUAACGUACGUGGAACACUUAAUGGACGGAGAAGGCAAAUCAAGGGGUUGUGCUGUGGUUGAGUUCAGAACUGAAGAACUCAUGAAAAAGGCUGUGGAAAAAGUCAACAAACAUGUCAUGAAUGGCCGUCCUCUUAAGGUCAAGGAGGAUCCAGAUGGAGUGAUUGCGCAGCGUGAAUCUAAUCGGGCUCAUGGGGGUGGUGGCGGCGGCGGUGGUGGACCACCAGGCAUGGGUGGAGGAAUGGGAGGAGGAAUGGGAGGAGGCAUGGGAGGAGGCAUGGGAGGAGGCAUGGGAGGCGGCAUGGGAGGCGGCAUGGGGAUGGGUCCAGGGCCUGGCGCUCCUCCACUGGUCAACAUCCCUCCCAGUCUCAUGAACAACCCCAACAUUCCCAAUGAGAUCAUCCAUGGACUCCAGUCUGGAAAAAUCGGAAGCACCAUUUUUGUGGCCAAUCUGGACUACAAGGUUGGUUGGAAGAAGCUCAAAGAGGUGUUCGGAAUGGCUGGAGUGGUUGUGCGUGCUGAUAUCCUGGAGGAUAAGGAUGGGAAAAGCAGAGGCAUGGGAACGGUGACGUUUGAGAUGCCCAUUGAGGCCGUUCAAGCAGUCUCCAUGUUCAACGGACAGCUCCUCUUCAACAGGGUCAUGCAUGUCAAACUGGAUGAGAAAUCCCUUCCCAAAGGUGACUUUGCACCCCCAGAUCGUCCUCCAGCACUCCCUCGUGGUCUUAGCGGUAUCGGUCUUGGCCUGGGACCUGGCGGUCAACCCAUCGAUGCCACCCAGCUCAACCGGGGUGGAAUGGGCAACAUGGGACCAGGAGGAAUGGAUGGUAUGGGAUUUGGUGGCAUGGGUAGAGUGGGAGGGAUGGAUAAUUUUGGAGGAGGUAUGAACAACAUGGAUCGUUUUGGACCCUCUGGAAUGGGAAGAAUGAAUGAUAUGGAUCGUGGAAUUGGAGGUGGCUUUGAUAGAGAAUUUGGUGGUCGUAAUGACAUGGGAAUGUCCCGUAGCAACUUCGGAGACUCUUUUGACCGAGGAAUGGGAAACACCAUGGGAAUGGAUCGCAUGAAUUCUGGCAUGGACCGGCUUGGUGGUGGCGGCAUGGACCGCAUGGGAGGACUAGACCGAAUGGGAAUGGAUCGCAUGGACCGCAUGUCUGAUCUGGACCGGUUAGGAACUGGCUUUGACAGAAUGGGUUCAGGGCUCGACCGGCUAGGGCCCAGUAUGGAUCGGCUGGGAUCAGGCAUCGACCGCAUGAGCUCCACUGUGGACCGCAUGGGCCCUGCAGGGUUCGACCGCUUGGGCCCGUCCAGCAUGGAUCGUAUGAGUGGCGGAAUGGACUUUGCCUCUCCUAUGGGUAUGGAUAGGAUGAACACAGGCCUCGACCGAAUGGGUACAAACUUCGACCGCAUGGGCUCCGGUGGCAUGGACCGCUUCCCCACCUCGGGUCUUGACCGCAUGGGUACCAGCAUGGAUCGGAUGGGCUCUGGUGGCGUUGGUGGUCAGUUUGAUAGGCCUGCUGAUAUGGACCGCGGAAACUUCGGCACUCCUUUCAGUGGGUCUGGACAAGGAGGUCCAGGGAUUGGCGGUGCCAAUGCCAGGAAGGGCUGCCAGAUUUUUGUCAGAAAUCUGCCCUUUGACUUCACAUGGAAGAUGUUGAAGGACACUUUCAAUUCAUGUGGCAUGGUGCAGUAUGCGGACAUAAAGAUGGAGAAUGGCAAAUCCAAGGGCUGUGGUGUGGUGCGCUUCGAUAAUCCGGAUACUGCCGAGCGAGCCUGUCGUACCAUGAACGGCUACCGGCUCAGUGGGCGAGAGAUUGACGUCAGGAUUGACAGAAAUGCAUAAUUGUCAUCUUUUGCUUUCUGCAUAUGAUUCCCUCCACCCCACUCAUUAUGCUUUCCAAUUAAUUUGUCAAGUUACAUAUUUGUAUUUGUGCCGAAUGGUACACUUUUAGUUUAGCUUAUGACUUUUAGAGACCAAAUGUUUUUUGUUUUUUUUCCCCCCACUUUUUAUUGUGAUGCUUUCAAAGAAAUUGCCUUUGUUAAAGGUUUGCUAAUAAAUCUCAACAUUGAGAACUUA